AUUCAGCAACGCGCAUGCUCCAGGAAAGGAGCGCUGAUUGGCUGAGCCGGCCCGGAGAUGGAGGAGCUGAUUGGCCGCCCGCGGCGCGUGGCGGCGGACGUUGGUGCCUUUGAAUGCGGGGAGCGGCGCGCCGCUCCGUCAGCAGCCAUGGCGCUCCGCAGGGCUCCGCUGCGGCGCUUCAGCGACCGGCCGGCGUGCGGCUUGCUCCGAGGCUCCUGUGACACCAAGUCUUCAGCUGCCCCGAGGGGUUCGUCAUCCUCCGGAGCAUCAGACGAUGGGAAACAUCAGCACGUUGGGAAACAGAAGAAUGAGACAAGUCUGAACGAUGAGAAGAAUACAACUGCCUCUGGAGCUGGAAGGAGUCUUGCAUCUCGUGGAUCACUACCGGUUAGUGGGAGUCUGAAGCCUAGAAAAGAUCUUAUCCUUAUGAGAGAGAAAAAGAAACAGAAGAUACUGGAGAAGGAGAUUCGUGCAUUAGUGAGAGAACGUGGAGAGCAGGAUAAGAAACUUCAGGCCCUGGAUGAAGACUUUGUUAAGAUGGAAGCUAAGCUGAGUGCUGCAGUCCAGGAGAAAACGUCUCUUCUGGCAAAUGUUGCUUGCCUGAAAAAACAGCUUCUGGAAUUAACAAGAACCAAUGAACUACUAAAAUCUAAGCUAUCUGAAGAUAGUGUGCAGAAGAAAAUGAGCAGUCUAUGUAUGGAGUUAAUGAAGCUCAGAAAUAAGAGAGAUGCUAAGGAGAAGACUGCACUUGCAAAGCAGGAGAACAUGGAGAUGAAGCUGCAGGAAGUACAAAGGAAUCUGGAGCAUUCAAGAGGAAAAGUAGCACGGUUACAAGAGAAACUAUCUGCUACAGAGAGAGAGAAAGUGGAUGAUAACUCUGACACUGAAAAACUCCUGGAAUAUAUCACAGAGCUUGGUAGCGUUGCAGAAGCUGUAGAGAAAUAUAAACUAGAUGUUGCUCAAAUGGAGGAGACGUUGAUCAAGAAAGACCAAGACAUCAAGAUUCUGAGGGAUACACUCAGAAUGAGAGAGGAAGAAUCAAGUACACUCAUCAGAGCACUUAAUGAACGAUGUGAGUUUCUUGAACAAGAAAAAGAGAGAGAGUCAUCUGAGACCAGAGGAAAAGUCCUGAGUAUGAAUGCUGAAAUAGAAGAACUGAAAAAAAAAAUUCUCAUAGAGGAGCAAGAACACCAAAAACUAACUGAGAAACAAGAGGAAUUAAUCUCUCAGCUUCAGCAAGAAAAGGAAUCGUCUGCAUCUAUGCACCAGAAGUUACUCAGUCUUCAAGAUGAGGUAAUGAGUGAGAGAUGUCUCCUGGAAGAGGAGUUGAAGAGUGCAAUGAAUGAGCUGGACAAACUACAUGCUAAGGAGAAGAAAGCUGAGAAACUGGUGAAGCUGUUGGAAAAAGAAACAAAAUCUAAAGCCCUGGAACUUGCACAGAUGGAAGCGAAGCUAAAAGGGAAGAAUGCUGAGUUGGAACAAAUCAAGGAAAUGCACAGCAAUACAGUUCUGCAAAUCCAAGAAGAGCUUAACAACGUGCUGCGUAAACUGGGAGAGAAUGUUGCUGAGUUUGAAAGCUACAAGACAACAACAACUGAAGAAAUACACAGUCUUAAACUGGAGAACACUUCUCUGCAGGAGCAAGUUGCUGACAUGAAAAAAAUAUGUGAAGAUAAUCUACAGCUGCUCCAGGAUGCAGAAUACACUAAAAACAAGGCAAAAGAAGAAUGUGCAAGGAUGAUUUUAGAAGCCCAGACAAAGCUUGCGCUAAAAGAAGCAGAAGCAGAGAGAACAAAAGAGUCUUGCCUCGUGCAAGUGACAAAACUACAGGAAAAACUGGAAGAGUUAACUGAAGAUCUGAAAAAAAAAUCUGAAGUGGAAAAAUCAAGGAAAACCAUACAUGAAGAUGUGAUCUCUAGCUUAAAAGAAGAGAUAAAGACCUGGCGUAAUCUAUAUGAAGAACUGCAUAACAAAACUAAGCCUUUUCAGCAACAACUAGAUGCAUUUGAAGCAGAGAAAAAUGCUCUUCUAAAUGAGCAAGGUGCAGCUCAAGAAGAACUGAAUAAACUAAGUGAAGCAUAUGCUAAACUACUUGGCCACCAAAACCAGAAACAAAAAAUCAAGCAUGUUAUGAAGUUGAAGGAAGAUAAUACCCACCUGCAGCAGGACAUUUCAAAACUGCGUGCACUACUUGCAAAAGAGAAACAAACAAACAGAGAUCUGCAGGAGCAACUAUAUACAAUUCAGGGCAUUAGGCAUUUCGAUCCUUCUAAAGCUUUCCAGCAUGAUACCAAGGAAAAUAUUCCUCCAAAAACUCCUUUUAAAGAAGGUAAUAGAAACAAAGUUUAGUCUCUUCUCACUGUUGAGAAAAACAUUACCAAUAUACUCACGUACUGCAGAAGAUUUCAACUGACUGUUCAAGAUGAACUUGGCUGCCAUCUGUAAUAGACAUUGGUAUGAUUACUUGGGAAGUGAUUUAAAAAAAAGCAAUCAAUUUUCCAAGAAACUACUUGGUCAUACUCUUACUUGAA